AUGCCAGGCAAGGGCCACCAGCGGCCGUACCGCACAGUGAGCGCCCGCGCGGCCGAGGACUCCACCAUCCUGCGCCUGCCCGUCGAGGCCUUCUCUGCCAUCUUCGAGAAGUACCCCGAGAGCCUGGUGCGGGUGGUGCAGAUCAUCAUGGUGCGCCUGCAGCGCGUCACCUUCCUGGCCUUGCACAACUACCUGGGCUUGACCAACGAGCUCUUCAGCCACGACAUGCAGCCCCUGAAGCUCUUCCCCCAACCCGGCCACGCCGCCCGCACCAGCCCCGUCCGGCACAGCAAGAGGGGCCUGGGCAGCACCGACGAGGGCCGGGAGCAGGCUGAGCUGCUGAAAAGCGCGGGACUGGAGACCCCGGUGGUGCCGCCGCCGCCCCCCCUGAGCCGCUGCAUCUCCAUGCCCGUGGAUAUCUCCG